GGGGCGGAGAAGAGUGGCAGCCAUAUUGCAAUAUUGUCCUGUUAGUUCAGACUAAUCAGGCGUUUUACAUCGUCAAAUCACAACUCUUCUGUUAAUUUAUUAGAUUCUAUACCGCGCCGCCGUGUCGUGACACCUCUUGCCUACGGGUUCAAGACUGCUGUGAUACUUAGUGUCUUAUCUUUGAAUAUUAUUGAUUUUUACCAGUCUACAUAGAGUGCAAAUUCCAGUAAGAUGGGUACCCGAGACGAUGAAUACGAUUAUUUGUUCAAAGUUGUCCUCAUUGGAGAUUCGGGAGUUGGAAAGAGUAAUCUCCUAUCCAGAUUUACUAGAAAUGAAUUUAAUCUCGAGUCGAAGUCCACAAUAGGAGUAGAGUUUGCAACGAGAAGCAUCCAGGUUGACGGAAAAACAAUCAAAGCACAGAUAUGGGACACAGCUGGCCAAGAAAGAUACAGAGCUAUCACUUCGGCAUAUUACCGUGGUGCAGUAGGAGCACUGUUGGUGUAUGACAUAGCAAAGCACCUAACAUACGAGAAUGUGGAGCGGUGGCUGAGAGAACUUCGUGACCACGCUGAUCAGAAUAUAGUUAUUAUGCUUGUUGGCAACAAGUCGGAUUUAAGGCAUUUGCGGGCAGUGCCGACAGAUGAGGCGAAGAUGUUCGCUGAACGCAAUGGCCUCUCCUUUAUUGAAACGUCAGCGCUUGAUUCGACUAAUGUUGAAACUGCCUUCCAGAACAUUCUGACAGAAAUCUACCGCAUUGUUUCCCAGAAACAGAUCCCAGACAGCCCCGAUGAGGACAACACUCCCUCGGGCAACAUGAAGCCGAUCCACGUGGAGCCUACGGACGAGAGUAGUGCGGCGGGUGCGAAGCGUGCCUGUUGCACUCCGUAGGUGUAUCUCCCGCCUCGCCCGGCUCCCGAGGUGCAGUCGGAGUCAGGUUCCCACCUCGAGUGUGCCUCUCUCUCUGUCGCAACACGAGAGCGGGAAGACGUGGAAGACUUUUGGGGGGGGGGGGGGGAGAGGGGGCUUGGGAUCUACAGUGCUGGGGCAGAAAACACCAGUCUUCGUCAGGGUGACAUUCCUAAUUGCGUAGCGUAAUCCCACUUUAGCCGCUCGUGUGCCCGAUGUCCGGCUAGGUGGUCUCGUAACUUAUUUAUCGAUGCACCCGAGUAAUUUAGAGGUCUUUCUGGUUUUCAUUUUAGAUUUACUGUAUUGUUGAAUUUCUAUUUCUGCAGGAACUACUGAUUUUCCCUUUCUUUUACUUUUAAAAAAUGUGAGUAAUGUGAACAAAGUUAUGUUAGUUGUAUUAUUUACUCGUACUGUUAUAGUUUAGAUUGGAAAGAGUAACAGACAAACUGACAUUUUUAGUUUUACAUGUCAUUCACUCUUUUUUUCCUCUGUUCUCGUGUGAUAUUAAAAUAAUAGUAGAGCCGCAAAAAAUACUUCGGCAGAAUGAAUUGCUGAACACUGUACUUUAAACGUGGGUCAAGGAAACUGAGAACAGGUCGGACUUCAAAAGUUGAGAGCUUUCAACAUUAAAUAAAUGGUUGUAAGAGGUAAUAGUCUAAAUAAUACUAAGGCACGUAAGUUGUUUGAUGAUUGUAAAUUGAGAUGAUGUGAAUUCCAUUUUUUAAAAAGUUAUUGUGGUUGCUAAUAGACUUGGGGGGGAUUGGUGAACUGUAUAUUGAGAAAUGACAUUUUGAAGGGGGAAGGAGAGAGACAUUAAUUUGCUAUUUUUUAAGCUUUGGGUGGCACCCUGUAAGUGCCAGACCGUGAUGUGACCCAGUGAAGGAGCCAUUCCCCCUAGAUGAGAAUUUUGUUUUGCCUGGUGCCAUGUACUUUCUGCUGCAAAUGCACCUUGCACCGCUGUCUUGACUUGUCUGUCUCGCCCAUGGGUGACUGAUCACCCCUGUGGCACUGGUUGCUUUACUCGACGUGAGCUGCUUUUUCAAACACCUGUGCUGUGCUCGUUCUUUAUUAUUAUAAUUAUUAUUAUUAUUACUAUACAUUAUAUAUGAAAAAAUAUAUAUAUACUUUUUCCUGAAGUGUUACUGCUGAUAUAUUAUGAAGGUGUCCUUACGUUGUAAAUUUGAAAGUAUGGCCAUAAUAAAUUUACUUAUUCAGUAGUGUUUCAUA